GGGCUGCUGACCCACAGGAUCUUGCGGGCGCUUCAGAGCGACGGGGCUGCUGUUGUGCACAGAGAUGAGAGAGCAGAGGGGUUUGUGCUGCUCUCUCCCCAGUUUAAGCAGCGCUGGCGCUUUGUGACUGCACACAUGGGGAAUCUCCAUGCUGUGUUAGACCUGGCAAAGGUAGCUGAUACCCUGCUGUUUGUACUGGAUCCACUUGAUGGCUGGGACAGCACUGGAGAUUACUACCUUUCUUGCCUCUUUGCUCAGGGACUUCCCAGCUAUGCCCUUGCUGUCCUGGGCGUUCCUGAUCUACCACAGAAGAAACAGGCAGAUGCUAAGAAGAAAUUGGGCAAAGCCAUUGAGAAGCGCUUCCCAGAUGCCAAACUCUUCCCCCUGAACACUGAGCAAGAGUCUUUGUUGUUGUUGAGGCAUCUUGCUGCCCAGAAGCAGCGGCACCUUGCUUUCCGUGACAGACGGGCCUACCUGCUUGCCCACAAUGCCGAAUUUGUGCCCAGUCGUGAUAGUGACUUGGUGGGGAACCUGAAGGUAUCUGGCUAUGUUCGGGGAUGGACUCUCAAUGUAAACAGCCUGGUGCAUAUCGUGGGACAUGGAGACUUCCAGAUGAGUCAGGUUGAUGCCCCUCCAGACCCUUUCACUCUAAACCCCAGAGUAGCUAAAGGCCAGCAGAAGAAGGGCCAGGACAUGGAAAUACAGGAUGAUUCUGUAAACGGUGUAAAACAGCAGCCAUUGCAAUCAGAGGUGAUUCCCGACCCCAUGGAAGGGGAACAGACCUGGCCCACUGAGGAGGAGCUGAAAGAUGCAGAAGGGUCCUUAAAGAAAAGGAGAAAGGUGUUGAAGGUCCCCAAGGGAACAUCCAAUUACCAGGCUGCAUGGAUUGUGGAUGAUGGAGAGGAUGGCAGUGAGGAGGAAGAGGAGGAUGAUAACAUGGAGGACGAAGAUUUGAUGGAAGAAGCUUCCCAGGUUGUGGAAAGCAGUGAGGAGGAAGAGCUUGCAGAGGAGGAGUGUGAGACCAUGACUAUAGCAGAGUCUGCACGGGAUGACCUAUAUGAUGAGAAGGUAGAUGAGGAUGAGGAGCAGAUGUUGGAGAAGUACAGGCAGGAGAGACUGGAUCAAAUGUUCCCAGAUGAGGUGGAUACCCCCCGCAACUUGCCUGCCAGAGUUAGAUUCCAGAAGUACAGAGGACUCAAGAGCUUCCGGACUUCUCCUUGGGAUCCUAAAGAGAAUCUCCCCAGGGAUUAUGCCAGGAUCUUCCAGUUCCAGGACUUCUCCCGAACCAGGAAGCACGUCUUCCGGCAGCUAGAGAAAGAGGAAACUGAAGGGGCUAUGGUGGGCUGGUAUGUUACGCUUCACAUCUGCAGUGUUCCUAUCUCAGUGAUGGAGAGUUUCAGGCAGGGGAUGCCUAUGGUCCUGUUCUCACUGCUUCCCCAUGAGCAGAAGAUGUCUGUGCUGAACUUUGUGGUGAGGCGGCACCUGGGCAACAGCGAUACCGUGAAAGCCAAGGAGGAGUUGAUCUUCCAUUGUGGAUUCAGGCGCUUCCGCGCCUCCCCCCUCUACUCCCAGCAUAGCUCAGCUGAUAAGCACAAGUUGGAGCAUUUCCUGCGGCCUGAUGCAGCCCUUGUGGCGACUGUUUACGCACCCAUCGCUUUCCCCCCUGCCUCAGUGCUGCUGUUUAAACAGAGGAGUAAUGGAAUGCAUGACCUCAUUGCCACAGGAUCUCUGCUCUCCGUGGAUCCAGACAGAAUCAUCAUCAAGCGGCUAGUGCUCAGUGGUCACCCUUUUAAAAUCUUCAGCAAGACUGCUGUAGUGCGGUACAUGUUCUUUAACAGAGAGGAUGUGCUGUGGUUUAAGCCAGUGGAGCUGAGGACCAAGUGGGGCCGCAGAGGACACAUCACAGAGCCACUAGGGACUCAUGGUCACAUGAAGUGCCAUUUUGAUGGGCAGCUGAAAUCCCAGGACACAGUGCUGCUGAAUCUGUACAAACGGGUCUUCCCUAAAUGGACCUAUGACCCACAUGUGCCGGAGCCGGUACCGUGGGCAAGAAAUGAACAGCAGCUCUUCAUGCAGGAGCUGGAGAUGGAAUAGCCCUCUGGGCCUAGCAUGGUUGCUGUAGUUCACACUGCCUAUACCCCAUGUGGGUGCUUGGCUUUUCCAAACCUCAGGAGAAGUAGGGAGAAUUAUCCUGGAUUUGUGGGUACUGUGCCUUUCCUGAGUGUGUCCAGUUUCACUGGCUGCUGCAUCAUCACAGCUGCCUAUGUCCUAGCCUCCACUGUGUCAGUUUAUUUCAGUGGUAAAUAUUUCUUCACACCAAUUAAAGUCCGAGUGCCCAGCUUUCUUGAGGUGGUGGAAGGGAGAAGCUGGACUGAGUCAUUGUGCAGUA